AUGAGAACUACGCCAACAGCAGCCUUAGAAGCGAUGCUGGAGCUAACUCCGCUUCAUCUACAUAUACAACAAGAAGCGACUUUAGCUGCCAUCAGACUCAAGACCCUAAAUCUUUGGAGUAAGAAUAGUGUCCCUCAUACAGGCAUAAUUGAUAGAAUUCACUCAAAAAUUCCUAUCCUACAAGCCAAAUACGAUAGGAUUCCUAAACAAUUUGUUUUCGAUAAGAAAUACAAGAUACAGUUAAAUGAAAACAGCCAGCCGAUAGGAUUAAGCCCAAAAGAGCUUAGAAUUUUCACCGAUGGUUCUAAAACAAAUGAAGGUGUAGGUUGUGGAGCUUUCUCUGAAGACCUCAAUAUUCACAUAUGCACACCGCUGGGUACCUAUAACACGGUCUUUCAGGCGGAAUGUAUGGGUAUCAUUCAAGCGGCCAUAGCAAUAGAUGCUAGGAAGGUUAAUGACUUCCCCAUCAGAAUACUGACCGACAGUAGGGCGGUACUCCAAGCCCUGAGAUGCAAUGUGGUGAACUCGGGACUAAUAUAUGAAUGCCAUCAACGAUUAAAUGAGGUAUGUAAAAACAACAAUGUGAUCCUGCAAUGGAUAAAGGGACACAGUGGAUCCAGAGGCAACGAUGCAGCAGACGAACUGGCCAGAAGAGGAUCGGCUUUGGCCACUAUAGGGCCGGAACCAAUCAUACCAAUCCCCUUUGGUAACGUUUGUUCACUGGUACGUAUAGUCGUAUUUUUAAUUAGACGAAGUCAACUGACGUUUACUGUGUUGUCAGUUUUUGAUGAAAUAAAAAUAGUGUUGUGA